CGAGCUCCUUCUCCUAGAAUUUUAUUCAUAGGAUUUCGAGAUCUUUGACGGUUUCUGAGGCAUUCACUGAGCAAGGAGUCAGCGCCGUAGCGGAACCGAGGCCUCCUGAGACUUCCACCGUUCGUUAACUUCAAGACCUUUGACGAAAGCCAAACCUUUCUUCCUGCAAAGAUGCAGCUGAGCAGAGCAGCAGGUCUCGGGGCGCUCCUGCUCGUGGCACUUCCGUCCGUCCUUGGCCCUGCCGACGCUACUCUGCUGCUGCCCUUGACGGCGGUGUCCCUGGGCACAGGCGCCCUGGCGACGCUCGGGCUGCUUGGCGCCGUUGGCUUGGGCGUCGCCAUCAAGAAGACGCUCUAUUACGGCGGCAGAGGACACGGCCACGACCACCACUACCACAGCCACCACCACGACCACACCGGGGGAGGAUAUGGGGGCGCUCACACCGGCGGCGGCUACGGUGGGGCUCACACUGGAGGGGGCUACGGAGGCUACGGCGGGGGCUACCCGUCGCCCUCGUAUGCCGCGCCGCUCGCCUCAGCGUACCGGCGGCGACGGAGCUCGCCGACUCUGGCCGAGAACGACCGCGCCGCCGUGGACGCCCUGGUGUCCGAUGACCGUCUCGGCUGCGCUCAGCGGCUGGUGUGCGAGCUGGCCCGCGAGCCGGAGGACGACCUCCAGGCGGACGAGGCCGCGAUCCUCGCCCUUGUCAGCGACGAGCGGGCGCCGGCGGGCGUGAAGCAGAUGCGGGGGGCGGCCGCGGCAGGCAAGGGGGGCGCCGGCUGCUCUUCCCUCUUCAAGAAUUGCCCUUUCUCCGCCCGGGACAUCAUGGCCGUUGUGAGAGCUGCUGCCGAGGAGAACGCGUAGAAAUAAGGAACCAGAACUUGGGAAAUGCUAGCCCCAGAAAAUCACUUUAGAUCUACAAAACACUUGUAUCGCCGAGGUUGGUGGCGGGCCAUAGUCGUCCCUCUGCUGUUUCCAUUUUCGUUUUAGCGAGAGUCGUCUGGCGGCGGCCAUGGCUUGUACGGCCAUGGCUCGAUCGGGCCGAAGACGAUUCUCUCUGGGGGAAUUUCGCAGAGCAACCCUGAGCGUCUAGGUUGCUUACUGGGGGAAGAGAGAGACACAAGGAUCCGAAUAAAGGCCACUUUAGUUUGAUCACAGGUUAGGGUUCCGCGCCAAGGUAUAUAAUGCCAAACACUCUGCUUUAUGUUUUAAGUAGAUCGAGUUAGUGAAUGACAAAAUGUAAUUUCAUACAUAUAUAUUGGGCGACAAUUAUAUUUCUGUAUAUUUUCGUAUUCA